GUUUUUAUAUUGACAAAACGUACCUAAAUAAUUUGAAGUGCGGGUAUUUUGAGGUUCCGCAUCUGUCAUAUAUAUCAGCGUCGCGACGCCUAUCCCACAGUAUACCUUAAGAUUUCCGCUCCUAUCGCACAGAACUCGAAAGUGUAGUGCCAAACGUGUGAUUUCACAAAUAAACGUUAAAAUUUAACAAUAUGCACUUAAACAAACUUAAAUGAAAUAAAUUUAUAAAAAUUUAUUUAAAAUCAGUCCCAAAAAAUCCCAAGUGGUUUGUGAUUGAAUGACGCGUAAUAAGGGCAAUAGUUUGAUUAAAUCCUUGAGGAGCGUGUAAACGAAUGAAACUCCAAUUAAGUUUAUUUCCCUUCGUGUUAUAACAAUGUGCGAUGAUAUUAUUGACAACGUAACAGAUAUAAACAAUACAAUAUUUGAUUGGAAUGAAUUGAUACCGGCAGUUGUUGUUUAUAGUGUAACUUUUGUAUUGGGUCUAGUUGGAAAUUGCCUAAUUAUUUUCACGACUUUCCAGUAUCGAGGGAUGCAAACUGUGACUAAUGUUUUCCUUUCCAGUCUAGCAUCGGCCGAUUUACUCCUUAUUAUCAUCUGCAUCCCUGUCAAGUUGGCCAAACUUUUCUCCUAUAUCUGGAUUAUGGGAUUUUUUGUAUGCAAAAUGAUCCAUUAUUUGCAAAACAUAUCUGCAAUUUGUUCCGUGAUGACCCUCACAGCGAUUAGUAUUGAACGCUACUACGCGAUUGUGUACCCCAUGAAAGCCAAGUACAUCUGUACAAUCAAUCAAGCAAAACGGAUAAUUGGAGUAAUUUGGAUGAUGUCUUUCAUUUUAGCAGUACCAACACUGUUUGCCCAGAGGCAUAUGCGAGUGUCUAACAAUAACGACCCUACCGAAUACUACAUAUGUGUAAAAGAUUGGGAUUCUACAGAAGUUUGGCGAUUUCACGAAAUUUAUAUGCUUGUUGUAAUACUGAUUGUGCCAUUUAUUAUUAUGACUUUUUCGUACACCACCAUUUGUUGCGAAGUUUGGAAAGUAAUGGAAAGAAGGUCGGUUAUGACCAGCAAACAUGUGCUUUCCCGAAAUCGCAGUACCACCAACAGUGAAGACAAGUAUCUUGAAAAUUUCAUAUUAACAGAAAACAAACAACCCCCGCCGCCCCCAGACCCCGCUCACGACGACAGCAACAUGGUAAAGCAAGUAAUUUACAUGCUUGUUGCUGUCGUAGUGUUAUUUGCAAUUUGUUGGACACCUCUUUUAAUUGACAAUCUGCUAACAGCAUUUGAGAUCCAUCCCAACAUACGAUGCGGAUUCCUCAAGUACAUGUCGAUAGCGUUUCACUUACUGGCAUACUUCAACAGUUGUAUCAAUCCAAUUAUUUAUGGCUUCAUGUCGAAAAGCUUCAGAGAAAAUUUCAAGCUUGUACUUUGCUCCUGUUGUUCACCCGACCUCAGAGGACAUAGAGGGAGUAAUUACAGUUUGAGAUAUGUUUCAAGGACAGGAUCACAAACAAGAACAACAUCGUAUAAAUAAACAAAUAGGAGAGAGAAACUAUACAAACUUAAUCAACAGUAUUCACUAACUUGACGUUUAUUUUUGCAUCUACAAAUAAGAAAACAUAAAAGCAUUAAUUAUUUAUCCACUGUUGCAUAUAAAAAAAUAUUAAAGUGUAUUAAGAAAGUGA